AGAGGGGAGAGAGGCGAUGAGCUCUCUAAACAUUACGACAACUGCAGAAGUUACUUUUAAGUACUUCUUUUAAGAGAGAGGAGAUGAGAAGGGGGAUUUUUAGGUUUUCUAAUUUUAAAACCGCGUGUUUUCAGUAUGUAAAACAGUCUGAAACCCCUGCUGCCUGAGUGGGUGCCUGAGGUAACAGAGCAGCGUCCGCUUCUAACCCUCAGAAACCGGGGGGCCUUUAUCUAUCCGGGCAUGUUCUCCGUUUCUGAUGUCAGUGACAUUAACAGAAGCAAAGCUGUUGCUGUAAACACAACACUAAAGUUAUGGCUAACUGGUUCCUGUCCAAAUGGAAAAUCUGGCUGCUGGUUCCACUAGUCUUGGACUAUGUUGCCGUCGCCCAAAAUCUUAAGUCCACAAGAGGUCCUCUGUACCCUAAUAAGCCUUUGCUCCUAGCCUGGAAUGCCCCCACAGAGGACUGUGGACCCCGUCAUGGCGUUCACUUCCAGCUGGAUAUGUUCCAGAUUGUGGCUUCACCUAAUGAGGGUUUCACCAGACAGAACCUCACCAUCUUCUACAGAGACCGUCUGGGCCUAUACCCAUAUUUUGAAUCAGGCACUCCAGUUAACGGUGGACUGCCUCAAAUUGCCAGCCUGACACAUCACCUCGAGAAGAUGCCCGAAGGCAUCAAAAAGUACAUUCGUGACCCGAACGCACAGGGCCUCGCCGUCAUAGACUGGGAGGAUUGGCGUCCUCUUUGGAUACGGAACUGGAAUGCCAAGAACAUCUACAGGAACCAGUCGCGGCUCUUGGUGUUCAAAAAGAACCCAACCUGGGACCAGGGCCGUGUCAACAAAGUGGCCCAGCAGGAGUUUGAGACGUCAGGCCGUAGGUUCAUGCUGGAGACUCUGCGGCAGGCCAAAAGCUUGCGGCCAAACCAGCUCUGGGGCUUUUAUCUUUUCCCCGACUGCUACAACCACAAUUACCACACCAGCCUGGAGCACUACUCGGGCCGCUGUCCGGACCCAGAGAUGGCGCGGAAUGACCAGCUGAAGUGGCUGUGGACUGAAAGCACAGCCCUCUUCCCUUCUAUCUACAUAGGGUCGGUGCUGCAUUCAACACCCUUCGCUCGCCAGUUUGUGCGGAACAGAGUGAAGGAGGGCAUGAGGUUGGCGUCAGUGGGAGAAGGACCGGCACGUCCGGUUUUUGUCUAUACCCGCCCCACGUAUGCCAAUGAGCUGGAGCUGCUUUCUGAGACAGACCUAGUCUCCACCAUCGGAGAAAGUGUGGCACUGGGGGCUGCCGGCAUCAUACUCUGGGGGGAUGCCAGUUACGCCAGUAGCAACGCCAGCUGUCGCAGUCUGAACCAGUACCUACAGGGGCUGCUGGGCCGCUACCUCCUCAACGUGUCUACAGCAGCAGAGCAGUGCAGCAACUAUGUGUGCAAUUCCCACGGCCGCUGCCUGCGCAGGAACCCAGACACUGACACCUAUCUGCACCUGAACGCUCAGAGCCAGACUGUGGUGGCUCAGGGCAGCGGCCUGAAAGUGACGGGGCAACCAAGGAUUUCGGACCUGCAGUGGAUGAGGGAGUACUUCAUGUGCCAGUGCUUUAGCGGCUACCAGGGGGAUAAGUGCGAGCUGCAAGAUCCCCUAUGUCAGAAAGGAGGGGGGCACAGACUGCAGGCACUGUUGGGGUACUGCCUGCUCCCACUGCUGCUCACUUUACUGGGCUGAUCGAGCCUACACUUCUGCGUAACGGUCAUUAGGGGUGUUGAAAUGCAUCAAUAUUUUAAAUUUUAGUAUAGUUUUGACUCCUCGGGCUAUUUUUACAAAUCAAAGUUUGUUUUACAAAGUUUGGUUCAUUGUUUUUAGGUCUGGAUUCUAGUACAGAGAACAUAUUGUAAAUACUACUGUAGUGUAAAUGGCUCCACUGGUCACAUUUAUAUUUUCAGUGUAUUUAUUAAAUAAUUCUGAAUUGUCCUAAAAAUAGUCAAAUUGGAAUCAAGUCAGGGGGGAAAUCUGAGAUUUCAUGAUGCGUUAAAAAUAUUGAAAUGUAAGUGAAUCAUUGUGCGGUCAUAGAUUUACACCCCUUAAUGGACACUCACCUGAAUACUGCUGUUUGUUUUUGUGAUACUAGUGAAGCAUUGCCUUGUUAUGCAGUGUGCUUUUAAGAGUGCCCCUCUGCUGUAGAGCUGCUAAUGCCUUGCAUUUUUAUGUGAUUGUCACUGUAAUUUAAUAACUUUAUGAGUAUUUUGGGGUAUUUCAGGAGUUGAAAUAUCAGUGCUGAAGCGUUGCAUCGUACGAAUGUCAUUCUAAAGCACUGCAAUCUUAAACAACAAGGUGCCAAAACGAGUUCCCUGGAGAGAUGCUGCAGAAGAACCCAGUUUUUAAAGAACAAUCCAAAGAACAAGCAAAUGUGGUUCGUCUGUGCUUUAUUUUUGAGAUCCUGUGAUGUGGAAGGUGUUAUGGGUGCAGACAUUUAAAGGUUAUGUAACGUGAAAGGGGCAUAAGUCAUCUUCCCAAGUGAGAGUGUUCCGAGAUGAAAUGCGAGGAUAUAAACACAGGAAACUCUGAGUCCAAAUAAGCACUUUUGUUUAUUGUCACAGAUAUGAAUCCAAGGGCAGAUUACAGUCUUUCAUCAGACUGUAAUGACAGCCUUGCCCUGCAGUUACUGAUAGUCAUACUGAUAAGUGAUGGAUUUUCAUCUUUAUGGGGUAGUUUUUGUCUUCUGAUGCUGGGAAAUGUUUGAAGAAAUGAAACGCACACAAAGACACUUUAUAAUUUUGUGUUGCUGUAAGGUGGCGAGUCGGUUGCUGAAAGACUACUAAGGGAUUAUUAUUUGCUGUCAUAUAGUCCUGAUUCAGACGAUAUUUUAGGUUUACAUUCUCUGUUCCUGUUUCAUGUCUACGCACAAGACAUGCUGUAUGUGUUAUGUAAUAUUUGAUGCUGUGUUUGUGUUUUCCAUUGCUUUAUCUUAGGGAAUAUCAGUUGACCGAACUGUUGGAUGUGUGAGUGUAUAUAAGUUGGACACAUCUGGACUGCAGAGGAUUUACUACAUUCUGUUUGUCAUUUCGGUCUAUUUAAGGGGCCCAUAUCAUGAAAAAAAUGAAUUCAAAUCACUUUUUCACAAGUUUGAUGUAGUAUAAAAAAGCAGACAGUCCAUAUGAGCACAACAAGCUGCAAAAGCAGCCCAUUUUAAAUUCAUUGUUUUUGCGAUGUCACAAAAGCAAACACAUUUACAUAUAUCCACUUGCUAGUUUACAGCAGUUUAGCUCUGCCCAUUCACACUGAAGUUAUAAGGAGUGUUUCGGGCCAGACUCCUUUUAAAUGAGGCCAGUCAGAAUAGAGUUUAUUUACAUAUAUCAGUCUUAAAGGCACAGUAACAAAAACAGAGGUUGGAAAAUGGUCCAAAGUGAAUAAUAACUGUAUCUGGUACAUAAACCCACACAAAUGUCAUAAGCAAACCUCAGGUGGAAAAAAUCAAAUAGAAGAAGAAAACUAUGAUAUGGGCCCUUUAAUAAAUGGCUUCCAAGACAGCAACUGAACAUUACACGGACCAUUGCUGGCUAUUUGAAGCCAACUGUCUGCAAAACAAAAGGAUUCUCCUUAUUAUGUGUGUGUGAUUCACAACAGCUGUUGAUAUAAUUAUCACAAUGGAACAACAUGUAUUUUUGCUAUUUAUUGUAUAAAUACAAGUGCAGUCACUGAACUAAUAUGGUGAAGUUACAUAAAGAGAAGUGCUUACACAUUGUUUGAAACUGUACUACUUGGACCUGCUUUGCAAAGGGCCACUGUUUGUACCACGCCAAGCCACAAUUAUAGGCCUUCACAUGCCAAGGAGUUAUAUUUGUGUCCUGUAGCUGAUCUCAUUGGGAGUUUUCUUUCUAGGGACUGAACUGCACUGUAGCAGCAAAAUGAGGCAGAAAGAAAUAGGCUGAGCUCACCAAUAUGCAAGAUAUAUUAUAUUAUAUUAUAUUAUAUUAUAUAUUUUCGGAAUACAAACCACAACUGCAACAACUGUAGUUUCAGUAAGUUCCUUUACACAUCACUGCUGUCGGAACAAAGCCUCUUCACUUUUGAUUUUCAGAUUUUGACAUAAUUUGA